GGCUCUGGGAGAGAGGGAGACACAGGAAUUCUGCCCCCCGCGCCUCCUGAUGACGUCUCCGGUCGGCGACGGACCCGGAAGGAGGAAACGUGCUGUGCUGAGCGGAGUGGCAGCGGCUGCCCGGGGAGGGAGCUCGGACAGAGUAAGAACUUCCCAAUGGCGCAAGUAGGGGCAGUGGUGGCUGUGGCGACUAGUUUCUUCUGUGCAGCCCUCUUCUCAGCCGUGCAUAAGAUUGAAGAAGGGCACAUUGGGGUGUAUUACAGAGGUGGUGCUCUGUUGACCUCCACCAGUGGCCCUGGUUUCCAUCUCAUGCUUCCUUUCAUCACAUCGUAUAAGUCCGUGCAGACCACACUCCAGACAGAUGAAGUGAAGAAUGUUCCUUGUGGAACGAGUGGUGGCGUGAUGAUUUACUUCGACAGAAUUGAGGUGGUGAACUUCCUGAUAUCAAAUGCUGUUUAUGAUAUAGUGAAGAACUAUACCGCCGACUAUGACAAGGCCCUCAUCUUCAACAAGAUCCAUCAUGAAUUGAACCAGUUCUGCAGUGUACAUACGCUCCAAGAGGUUUACAUUGAACUCUUUGAUCAGAUUGAUGAAAAUCUUAAACUGGCUUUGCAACAGGACCUGACCUCCAUGGCACCUGGACUUGUCAUUCAGGCUGUGCGAGUCACAAAGCCCAACAUUCCUGAAGCAAUCCGGAGAAAUUAUGAACUAAUGGAAAGUGAGAAGACAAAACUCCUUAUUGCAGCACAGAAACAGAAGGUGGUGGAAAAGGAAGCAGAAACAGAGCGGAAGAAGGCUCUCAUCGAGGCAGAAAAAGUGGCUCAGGUGGCAGAAAUCACCUAUGGGCAGAAAGUGAUGGAGAAGGAAACAGAGAAGAAGAUUUCAGAAAUUGAAGAUGCUGCAUUCCUAGCUCGAGAGAAGGCAAAAGCUGAUGCCGAGUGCUAUACAGCCCUGAAAAUAGCUGAAGCAAAUAAGCUAAAGCUAACCCCGGAAUACCUGCAGCUGAUGAAAUACAAGGCAAUUGCCUCCAACAGCAAGAUUUACUUUGGCAAAGACAUCCCCAACAUGUUCAUGGACACCGCAGGCAAUCUGGCCAAGCAGUUUGAGGGGCAAGCUGAGGAUCUGGGCUCUAACAUCGAGGACAACUGGGGGGUAGCCACAGAGGAGCAGUGAGCACAACGUUUUAUACAGCCUUGAAGGACACUAAAAAAGAAAUCUUUCUAUUUAUUUUUCAAAGAUGAAACAAUGUCCUUUCCCCAGAACUACCUUCUUGGACUCUCUUCUAAUACUGUGAUAAAGUGGCAGAAAAGGACUUAAACCCUCACAUGCUUUUGGGGGGGGCUUGUGAUUAGGAGCUUCAUACAGGUGAGUUAGACCUGACAAAAUCUGAAAAGCAUUGGUUUAUUCUAGACCCUUUGACUUCAGGUUCCAGGUUUAGUCCCUUUGAAGCUUGACUUAAUUGGGGAUGAUGUCGUUAAGGAGCAGGGAAAAUUCAGGGUAUUUCUGCUAGGUGAUUUGACUCUUCUGUUUUAUGGAGAAGUAUGGUCUAGUUCUCUAACCCCUGCUUGCAAUGUAGAGGAUUUGGGGAUGAAACUCAGCAACUGAGCAAAACACAUGUUUCCAAGUCUUGCCAGUGGAUUUAUGGAAAAACAUCUGCAGAAAGUCAAUUUUUUUUUUUACUGGCACUUAUUUUACCACCUAUAUGUAUUAUUUUAGGGAUAUGCUUUCUUUGAGCCCUUGUUUUAAACAAAUAUAAUAACGGUGCUAGGCUUUGCAAGGUUUUCUACAUGCUUCUUGCCCUGCCCCAGGGUAUGAAGGCUGGGCAGAAUCUGAUUACACAUUUCCAGGACCAAUACGUGGUCGCUAUGCAGGUUGCUGAAACAUUUUUUCUCCCUCUUAAUGUUCUGUAGAUUUUUCCUAAACAUAAAAACUAGCCACAAAAUUAAUCAAGCACCACUUUCUGGUCUUACUUAGCAUCAAGAAAACAAAAACACUCACCUGCCCCCCCUCCACCUCACUCCCCCAGGAAGUAACGUCUUUUCCUUGAAAUGUCGCCCAGAGGAACAGGAGAAGCCCCAUAUUAUGGGGAAACAUAAUGGCCCUGGUACAAUGUUUCCAAGGAUCUUUUUCUAGGCCCAUUUUUAAUUUGUUUUCAUGAGGAAUUAAGUAUCCUCUGGCUUACCAGAGACAAAGAAAACCCAUUCCUUAAGUUUUUAAAAUGCAGAACCUACUGAAGUCACUGAAUAGGCAGGCAAGCUGUUUUUAAACUUCCAGGAGUGGCUUGGGAAGUAGAAUGCAAAGUACCUGCCCAACAUCUCUGGAAGAGAACUCCUACACCAAGAAUUUAAAAUGUAGAAUACUACUUUAAAAUAGAGCACUGCUUUAGAAAGUUUUGAACUAUCUUGGGAAAUUCUAAUGACUUAUUUUUAGAGAAACUUCCUUAAUCUCUCUAUGAAAUGACGGGGUUAAAGCCCAUAGCCAGUGGGUUAAGUCCACCCUGCUUUAACUUGGUGGAGUGAGGAACUGAUUGAAUACAUUCAGCCAUUCUCCUGGUAUCAACCCUAAAAUUCCUUGGUUAUCCUACUUCCCAAGAAAUAAGAACAUGAAUUACUCUGACUGGGUCUAGGGCUCAUACCUAGGCCCAUGCCAAACAACUAACAUGGAAGGGCAGGGGGAGAUUUACUGGAGACAAUUCCCAAAACAGGACAUGCCUUGCCCCACAGAACUUCAGACUUUUCACGAGUUUGGGGAGAAGAAGGGAAAGGUCUGGGCCUUGUGGAGGUAAUCGGCUCCUACUAUCUUAAAUCUUAUCUCCAUUCUAAAUCCUGAGACUAAAUUGCUGCCUCUCUGAGCUGCCCCACCUCAUGUAUUGUCCAAGAAGCAAAAUCCACAUGUAGCUAUAAGGAAUGCAUUGUAUAUGUGGCUCCUCGAAACUCCAGAUUGAAAUUGGCCACAUAGUUUCCUCAGAAUCAUUCCCCUGCCCUAUCAUAGUACCUCCUUCCUUUACAGAACACUAAACCCUCUUCCUUUAGAAUAUUCAGAGUCUCCACUGGAUCUGUGAUCUCAGUAUGGUUAUUCCCUUCAACAGGGCAGAUCACAGCCCAUCCAUCUUCUGACUCUUUCUUGUGGGAUGCAGUCAGUUGAUAACAAUUCCUUGGCAAAUUGAUCUUCAGUGAUUUGCCUCUCUAGAAGUUUCAUUGUUCCCUGUUGGAGCAGAUAUUUGCUCUCUUUAUUCCUAACUCUUAUUUCUUGGGUCUCAAACCCUUUUGAAGUUAUUUGACCCUUUGCUUUGGGACUCACCCUCCAAGCUGUGGUUAAUACCAUGGCCAAGGUGGAAAGGGUGAGUAUGGGGCAGUGUCCUAAACCAUCAUGCUCACUUUUUUUAUCCUGGGAGCCUCUAGUUCUAGCCUCCUGUGCCAUCUUGUUCCUUGCACCAGCAACACUUUGAUGUCAGGAAAACUGUGCUCAAGCUGAAACCUGCUAUAUAUCUCAGCCCUGUCAGUGUUAAUCUCACAUCCACUUUAAAUAAUGCAAAUCUGUGGAUUUCUGACUUCACAGAUCCAAUGUGUGUUCCGUACCGGGAUGAACAUAGGAGAGCUGGCCUGUCGGUCUAUUUUGGAGAUGUGUUUAUCCAUCUUUGUUUUUUAGCUCUUCCUGGAAAACCUGUUCUUCAAACCAUGUUUCAAAUCUAAACAUGGGAAAUAUACAAUAGUAGCUUGCAUUUGAACAGGCAGUAAAGUCAUAGCUGCUAUUUACAGACUUCUUGGAUAGCAAAAUAAGUAACAAUAUUUUUAGAUUUCAAAGUUUUUGUAGGAUUUUCCAAAGUAAAAUCAUCCUUGAUAAAUGUUACUUGCUCAUUAAGAUUUGCAACAGCUAAUUCAUACAUUACCAUUUAUUCUUUUUUUUUCAAAAGUUAACAAAUGAGACUUGCAAGGAAGCCAAAGUUCUUCAUUAUUAUUAUCAUCAUUAUAAUUAUUGGUUUUUAAUGUGAGGUGUCUGCUGUUGUAAUAUAGGAGGGCAAUCACAUAGUAAGGGGUCAGUGUCACCAGUGAUUCUAAUAACUUUGUUUUAAAAGAAAGGAAAGUUUUGUAGUUAAUUUUGGCUACUUUAUGAUUAUCUAGCACCUUAUAGUUUUAUGAAGCAUUUUCAUGCAUAUUAUCCUACUUGGACCUCACAUCAAACCAGUGAGGUUGAAAUGGGGGGUGGCUGGGUGGGGUAAAGGACUGAAGGGGAAUCAGAGUUCCUAAAUGCAUCAUUUUGUGUGUGUUCAGUUGAAAAUAUUGACCAAAAGAAUCCCUUAGCAACAAUGCCAUUUCAAAAAUAGUAAACAAUAUUUUUUAACAAAUCUGGCAUUCUUCCUCAGGGUCUCGACACCAAAACUCUUCUUCAGAAUUUUCUGCCAUUGGUAAAUUUUAAAAUGGUGAAUGUUUUCUAGUCACAGUUACUGACUCAGCCCUUUGAUUGCCAUCUAGUGUAAACCACAAGAUUUCUUAGUGUGUGCCCAUAUUCAGGUCAGUGGCUAUUUCACAUUGAUGUGCCCAACUCACCUCUUCUUGACUUCUAGGAUUCCAUCAAUAUCACAACUCCUUCCGUUUCUCUCUUCUACCUCUCCUAUCAUUUCCUUAUAAAUGAAGUGACAGACAGCCGACCAAUAGUCUGUUCCUUUUCCUUCUCCUUUUCUAUGAGCAGGUGUUGAAUGUUUUAAAUGAUUCUUUUUGACAGAGGGCCCAGACGAAUAGGUGACCCUUUAUGCUGGAGAAAUUACUAUGUGGUAUUACUGAUUCUAUAGAUGAUGCAGCUGAAGUUGAUUGUAUUACAUUGCUAUUUGGAAGAGGGAUUGUUUUGGACCACAUGGAGUCCUAUGUGAAUGUAAAAAGUCCUUGGAUUUUGUUGUUAUUCAUUCUUUCAAUAAAAAUGGGUCUUUGGU